AUGCUGCCAUUGCUGCCGUCCUAUCUGGUGAUUGUAACCCUUGGGCUCUCCUUAGCCUGUACAUUGACGCUGUUCGUCCCAUCGUGUCCUUCGAUUGUUCCAGCGCUUACCACAUAUGGCGUCUCAGCACUUUAUCUUAGAGAUAAAAUUAAGUUCAUACAAAUUAUUUCUGUCCCUAAAAGGUUUCAUUUUUAUUUUUUAUAUGUCUCUAUCAAACUUAUUAAUAAUUGGUCCACCACUAUACUAGCUCUGUUUUUGAUUUUAUUCCACGUGGUGCGCAGACUGUGGGAAACCCUCUGUAUUUCUGUAUAUUCUGAUACUACAAUGAAUAUUUUUCAUUACAUUGUUGGCCUGGUUCACUACACUAUCCUACCACUUACGAUUAUGUGUGAGUCACAAGGGUUUGCUGAGGGUCUUGCGUUCACUGCCAAGGCGAUUUCUCCUUGGCAGUGGUUUGGAACCGCAUUCUUUUUGAUAUGUAAUCGAGAACAGCAUCGUAUUUCGAGGGAUAUCGCUGCGUUAAGAAGAGCUCCAGACGGACUGAUAUUCAAUUACUGUUAUGGGAUUUGCUAUGGCGGAUGGUUCGAAUAUGUUUCAUGCCCUCAUUUCCUGUUCGAAAUAGGGAUUUAUCUCUCGCUUUGGAUGGUUCUUUGGCGUGCAUAUGCUUUCCGAUUUCUUGCAAUAUUUGUUGUUGUAAACCAACUCUUCGCAGGGCUGAUUACUCAUCGUUGGUACCAACGGACGUUUAAAGCGUAUCCUUUAAAUCGUAGGGCAGUGGUGCCCUAUAUCUUAUGA